AUGCAAAUUCCGGGACAUUGUCUGGAAGCUGGAUUUCCAGUUCCCACCGGGACGGGUUUUUUAGUGCUCAUCCCUAGCUUACUAUUUGCUGUUCUAAGAGGAGAUGCCGGUGUGUCAGGUCUAGUGCAUCUUGAGCAAACUUCGGAAAGCUCUCCUACCACCGUGAAGUACGAAAUCACCGGUUUCGAUGGGAACUCGGAACACGGGUUCCAUGUGCACCAAUUCGGUGACAACACCAACGGUUGCACCUCUGCAGGCCCUCAUUUUAACCCUUUCAACAAGACACAUGGCGCGCCUAGUGACGACACCAGACACGUUGGGGACUUGGGUAACAUCUUGGCUGACGUCAAGGGUGUUGCUAAGGGCUCUCUACCUGACGUGCUUGUCAAGUUGAUCGGACCAACCUCUGUGGUUGGCCGUACCAUGGUCGUGCACGGUGGCAAAGACGAUUUGGGUAAGGGCGGAGACGAGGAAUCUCUCAAGACCGGUAACGCUGGCGCGAGAUCUGCUUGCGGUGUCAUUGGUCUCUGCAACUGA